AUGGAAACCGCCACAGUCACCGCCACCGCCGCCACCGCCGUCACGAGCGCCGUUGCCAAUCCCCAUUGCGCGUCGCGGAGCGGAGCCGGUGCGUGCGCUGCGAGCGCGGAGCGGAGCCCGUCGGAGGGCCCCGCGCGAGAGGACUCCGGGAACUCGGAAGAGCCGGGGCGGGGAAACGAGGGCGGAGCAGGGGCAGGGGCGGUGGGGGCGGCAGCGGCCGCAGGAGAGGUAGCGGGAGUAGGAGGGGGAGGGGGAGAGGGAGCGGCAGCGGAAGCGGAAGCGGCGGAGAAUGAUCCGAUGCGUUCCUUCGCGCACGCGAGCCACUCGGGAGUGGCGUCUCCCCCGUUCGACCCGUCGGACCUGCACAUCUCGCCCACGCGCUUCCUCGGCGCCGGCACGUAUGGCGAGGCGCGCAUGGGGUCAUGGCACGGGCAGGCCGUGGCCGUGAAGAUCCUCAAGAACGCCGCUGACUCGCUCCUCUGCACCUUCUUCCUGCGCGAGGUGGCGUUGACGCGGCGCAUGCAUCACCCCAACAUAGUGCGCUUCCUGGGCGCCAAGACGGACGCCAUGCCCUUCAUGCUCGUCACUGAGAUGCUGCCCAUGGGCGAUCUGCAUGAUUACAUCCAGUCCAAGUCGCCUCUGGGCGCGCGCCAGGUCCUGCUCUUCGCCCUUGACAUUGCACGUGCAAUGGAGUAUCUGCACGGGCUGUCUCCGCCCAUCGUGCACCGAGACCUCAAACCACACAACCUACUGCUAGACAUCCGAGGGCAUUUGAAGCUCAUAGACUUUGGCCUCGCCACCACUCUCCCUCCUCCGUCCACACCCCCACUCCCACAUCCGCACCCACACACACACCGUUCCACCUCCCAGCAACAGCAGCAGCAACAUCAGCAGCAGCAACACUCCCUCCGGGUUGAAGACAGCACGGCUCGAAUACAAGGGGGGGCGGGAUGUGUGGCAGCAGCAGGGGGAGCAGCAGCGGGAGUGGGAGGGGGGUCGGUGUCACCAUGCUCGUCAGUGCCUCCCACGGUCAACUCCUCACUCUCCUCUGACUGCUCGGAUGCCUCUGCUGCUGCUGCUCCUAGCGACAAGCCCUUGGAGAGUCAAGCUGGCACUUACCGCUACAUGGCGCCAGAGGUGUUUCGCCACGAGCCCUACGGCACGCCCGUUGACGUCUUCUCCUUCGCCAUCCUGCUGCACGAGAUGUUUGAGGGAGGGCAGCAGAUGAAGCUGCUGACGCCACAGGAGGUGGCGAGGAAGUAUGCUCUCAACGUGCGCCCGGUCUUCAAAGCCCGCACAUACCCACCGCAUGUCAAGGACUUCAUAGCCACGUGCUGGGACCAGGAUCCAUUGCAGCGCCCACCCUUUUCCAAAAUCCGGCCCUUCCUGGAACUAACUUUGGAAGAUCUAGGCCCCUCGCCUCUCUCCUCCCUCCGCAAUGCCGCCGCGCACACCGCCUCACCUGCUCGUGAUUUCUCAGGGAACGGUGCUGGUGGUGGCGGCGGCGGUAGCAGUGGGUUUGGUGGCUGUGCAGGUGGGAAUGGUGGGGGGAGACAUAGCCAUUUGACUCGGGCUUUAAAUGCCAUGUGGGAUGCCGGAGCAAGUCCGGGGGGUACGAGUGGGUUGGGUGGGGUAAAGGAUGGAGCCCAGAGGGUGGGUGAUGGCAUGUGCAGGCAGGUGCCUUGUAAUGUCAUGUGA